AUGUCAGCACGCGCAGGAUUCUCACGACACUUGUUAGAAGUCAAGGGAGGUGGGAAAGUGGGGCCACGGGAGAAAAGGGAUGAGGGAGGUAAAGGGGCAGUGCGAGGCAAAGGGGAUGGGGGAAAUGAAGGGGUGAUACAGGGUAGGGGGGCAGGAAGGGGUAAGGGGAAUGGACGGGGCAACGGAGCAGGGGAUGGGGGAAGUAAAGGGGUGGUACAGGGUAGGGGGGCAGGAAGGGGUAAGGGGAAUGGACGGGGCAAUGGAGCAGGGGAUGGGGGAAGUAAAGGGGUGGUACAGGGUAGGGGGGCAGGAAGGGGUAAAGGAGGGGAUGGACGGGGAAACGGGGCGGGUGAUGGGGGGAGGGUAAGGCAUGGGGGUGGGGGAAAGAUCGGGGUAAAGUGGGCGCAUGUGGUUCACAAGGGGAAGAGUGGGGCUGAGAGUGUGAGUAAGGGGAGAAGAGAGAAUGAGAAGAGGGUCGAGGUGGGGAAGACGGAGGGAAACAAUGAGGUGAAAAAGGGUGCAGUGGGGUUGAAUGAGCAGCAGGGGGUGCAGCAGACAGGCAAGGAGGUAGAGAAGGGAGGUGGGCGAGGAAGGGAAGGGGGGAAGGGAGGAGAGAAGGGUAGGGAAAAGGGAGGAGAAAAAGGAGGAGACAAGGAAAGAGAGAAAGGAGGAGGGAAAGGAGGAGAAGUGGGUGAAGAGAAGGGGAAAGGGAAGCGGGGAGACAAAGGAGGAGGGGAGGGAGGAGGGAAGGGAGGAGGGGAGAGGAAGGAGGAGCAGAAGGUAGGUGGCGUUUCUGCCAAGGACGGUACAGGUGCGAAGAAAGCAGCAGUCACAGGCGGUGGCGGAGUGGUAGGUCGGGCGGAGGGAGUGAUUUCGGUCAUGCAAGGGGAUAGCACGCACUACCCAGGGGAGGGCUUUAAGAUGCGGUACGAGGCGGUGAUCCUGCAGUGCUCCCUGCAGGCGCCCACGGGGCCGAUCUCGGGCGGCCGGCUGGUGAUGGCGGUGGAUGGGUGCGAGGCGGUGGUGGUGCAGGAGGAGCAAGGGCACGACCUGCCGCACGCCAUGCGCACUCAUGACUUCCCCUCGCUACAAGGGCAAACGGGGCCGAUAGUGGGUUUUGAGACCCUCAAAACCCUGCAGGCGCCCACGGGGCCGAUAUCGGGGAGGCAGCUGGUGAUGGCGGUGGAUGGCCAUGCUCUCACCCACUGCUCGUCGCCCCUAUACAAGCCGACACACGCCGGCCGGCUGCGCGAGUGGAUGGAUUUCCACAGCACUGUUCACCGCGUGGACCUCUUCCUGCUGUACGAUGCGGGCGGCGUGGACGGCGCCGUGCGACAUGCGCUGCACCCGCUGCUGGCGGGCGGCUCAGUGCAGAUCGCGGAUCUCAGAGACGCCGCCCGGUUCGAGAGCUACCACCACGCUCAGGUCCUAGCAAUGAACGAUGGCAUUUUCCGCACGAGGCACCUCAGACUCCCCCUCUCUCCCUCCCCUCCCUCCCCUCUCCUCCCCACGCUCCUCCCAUCCCCCUCACCUACAUUCUUCCAGCUCCUAGCGAUGAACGACUGCAUAUUCCGCACGCGCCACCUCUCCCGCUGGACGCUCUUCCUCGACUUUGACCACUACAUCACCAUCCCCCACGCCCUCAUCUCCAACCGCUAUCCCCCCACCACCACUUCUGCCACCGCCGCCACCACCACCACCACCACUCCCACCAUCACCAUUGCCACCACCACUGCCACUGGUACCGCCACCUUUCCCAGAACGCUCCUGGCUGACCCGAGUAACAGCAGGGCGCUCUCUCUGCUGGCGUUCCUCGAUGGGAAGGGCCAGACUGUUGACGGGAGGUGGCAGGGGGAGGGCGAGGAGGGGUGGACGUGGGUGAGCUUCGGGUGCUUCGUCUUCUCUGUCGACCGCUGCGCUCCUCUGCCCGACAUCAGUGAGGGGGACGAGUGGGCAGUGGAGCGCAUGGUGUAUCGGGACCCUGAGCCAUACUGCAGAGAGAAAAGCAGCUACAGCGACAAGACCGUGUGCCAUGCCUCUAACCAUCCCCCCUGUCUUCCACCUCCCACCACCACCCACAACCCGUGCAGUGAGGGGGACGAGUGGGCGGUAGAGCGCAUGGUGUAUCGGGACCCUGAGCCAUACUGCAAGGAGAACAGCAGCUAUAGCGACAAGACCGUAUGCCAAAAGGCAGAUGGCCUUCGCCAACUCGCCAUCAACCCGCGCAAAACCCUCGUGGUUCAGAGCAACCGGAUUUUGAAUGCGGAGCCGGGAGGCUACAUAGCGCCCACGGGGAGUGUGCGCAUAAACUACUUCAAGGGGCUUUCUGAACGCGACCGCAGCACCUGUGAAAUUAUCAUGCCCAAUUCUGAUGGUACCAUCGAUGCCAACUUGACUCAAGAUUACUCCGAGGAGGAGGAGGAGGAGGAGGAGGAGGAGGAGGAGGAGGAGGAGGAGGAGGAGGAGGAGGAGGAGGAGGAGGAGGAGGAGGAGGAUGAGGAGGAGGGGGGUGAGGAGGAGGGGGGUGAGGAGGUGGGUGAGGAAGGGGAGGGUGAGGAGGAGGAGGGGUUGAGCACUGAGGGGAUAACGGAGCAAGAGCAACAGCAGGUUCAGCAGUCUCUGAAGCAACUGAUUGGUGACGGUGGGGCUGACGAAGGGACUAUUGUUGCUGCUGUUCGUAAUGCUGCUGCUGGUGAUGGUGGUUCCAGUGGUGGCAGCAGUGGUGGUGGUGGUGGUGAUGUAGAUGAAGUGUUUGAGUCACUGAAUGCGGCAGAUGACAUUUUUUCAUUGAUGCUGGCACUUGAUGUGCGCUGGGUGGAUGCAACAGAAGGUUCAGGUGAAAAUUCAGGUGAUCUUGGUGGUUGUUUACUUUUUGAAGCAGCAGGGGAACUAGCGGCAGCGGGGGAAGCAGUGGAGGAAGAAGCUGAAGAGGCAACAGACGGAGAAACAGAGAGAGCAGCAGAGGGAGCAGUAGACGAAGCAGCAGAUGCAACAGCAGAGGCAAUAGCAGAGGGAGCAACAGAAAAAGAAGCAGAGGGAGCAACGAAGGCAACAGCAUUGGGAGCAGCAGAGGAAGCAGCAGAGGGAGCAACGGAGGCAACAACAUUGGGAGCAGCAGAGGCAACAGCAGAGGAGGCAGCAGAGGAAGCAGCAGGAAAAGCAGCAGAGGUAGCAGCAGCAGAGAAAGCAGCAGAGGGAGCAGCAGAGGCAGCACGAGAGGCAUCAGAGGAAACGGCAGGAGAUGCAACAGGAAAAGCAGCAGCAGGGGAAGCAGCAGCAGGGGAAGCAGCAGCAGGGGAAGCAGCAGCAGGGGAAGCAGCAGCAGGGGAAGCAGCAGCAGGGGAAGCAGCAGAGGGGCUAGUAGAGGAAGCAGCAGAAGAAGAAUCACAGGGAACAGCAGAGGGGGCAGCAGAGGAGGAAGUGGACGAAGAAUCCGAGGGAGAAGCAGGGGAAGCAGCAGAGAAAGCAGCUGAGGAAGAAGCAGAGGAAGCAGCAGGAGAAGCUGCAGGAAAAGCGGGCAAAGCAGAGGCUGUGACGGGCGUAGAGGAAGCAAGGGAAAACAAAUCCGAAGGGAGCGUCUACAGGAAGAGAAGGGUUGAAGUUGAGGAGGAGAGGAUAAAAUCGGAGCUUGUUCCUGAUUGGUGGCAGAAGGCCUGGGAUGAGGUGGUCUUGCAGCGGGCACAGGGAUUGGAUGGAGGUUCGGGCCGAGCCAGACCAACAGGUUUGGGAGGCGCUCCUGAGAAAGGCACACGACUGGCUGUGAUGCGUAUGUGGGGAUGGGUGGGGAGGGGUGGAGGGUGGGGAGGGUUUGAUACCAUGGGGGCAUUGGAGCAUUUUAACUCGCACGGCCACAUCCCACCAGAGGAUCUCAAGCAGAUCUGGGCGGCGUGGCGGGCAUCUGGUGACACGUGGCACACUCACAGGGACUCUGUGCGGCUGAUAGUGUUCAACUCCGCCGUCCAGCUGGCACUGGAUGAGUGCAUGAGGUCGCCCUGUCACCCCACCUCCUCCGGCCCAUCAUUCCUCGCUGGCAUGGCAGCAGCCGUCGGCCUCUCACAAUCCGUGGCCCUCGCAGCAACACUCAAAGGCGUGGUUGCCAGGCUGGAAACAGAGCUCAUCGCUUGCAACGUGAGUCUACAGGGUGUUUGUGAGGAUACGGAAAGGCACACUAGACCAGCAGCCAAUGUCGGCCUCUCACCACCCGUGGCCCUCGCAGCAACACUCAAGGGCGUGGCUGCCAGGCUGGAAGCAGAGCUUGUCGCUUGCAAUGUGAGUCUGCAGGGUGUUUGUGAGGAUACUCAAAGGCACACUAGACUGGCACUUCCAGUCCACCUUGCGCCAUCUGUAGCCCUCGCAGCAACACUCAAAGGCGUGGUUGCCAGGCUGGAAGCAGAGCUCAUCGCUUGCAAUUAUGACUCCAGCACCCCAUUCCUCCCGCUUUCACCCAUCUUCUCCCCUUGCCCCCGUCUUCUCCCCUUGCCCUCAUCUUCUCCCUUUGCCCCAUCGUCUCCCCUUGCCCUCAUCUUCAUCCAUCCCCACCAGCCUGAGCUAGCGUCUUCAGCCAACUGUCUGGGUGUCAUGCUGACUCGCCGGCAGCGGGAGGAGCUGGCAUGGAUGUAUGAAAGGGCUGCUGGUCCCAUGCAUGUGGUGCUCGUGAGGACUGCUCUUGGGAUCGCAGCCCUCCCUGCUCGCCUGCACCAGAUGCUACCUCCCCGCUCCGCCCCUCUCCCCCUCCGCCUCGCCCUCCUCCUCUCCUCCUCCCUCCUCCUCCUCUGCCUUCUCCUCCGCACCUCCCUCGUCGCACGUAGCUUCCAAGCAGCUUCCGCUGCUGUGCGCUCAUUCUUUGCGCCUGUGCUGUGGGCUGUGAGUCCCGAGGAGGUUUUGCAGCAGCAGGAGGAGGAGGCUGAACGGAAUGCACAGCAGCAGCAGCAGGAGCAGGAGAAGGCUGCGCGGAAGGCAUUGCAGCAGCAGGAGCAGAAGGCUGAGCGGAAGGCCCUGCAGCAGCAGCAGCAGCAGCAGCAGCAGGAGGAGGAGGAGGAGGAGGAGACGGAGAAGGAGGAGAAGAAGGCUGAUCGGAAGGUAUGUGUUGAGAAUUCUAAAGAAAUGCCAGCUUUCGCUGCUAUGGGCUCAUUCUUUGCGCCUGUGCUGUGGGCUGUGAGUCCUGAGGAGGUUUUGCAGCAGCAGCAGGAGGAGAAGGCGGAACAGAAGGCAUCGUUACAGCAGGAAGGGAUAGCUAAUCGGAAGGUAUCUGCUGAGAAUCCCAAAUUAACGGCAGCUGCCGCUGCUGUGCACUCAUUCUUUGCGCCUGUGCUUGGCGGUUAUGCUGGUCUUAAUGGUGGAGUGGAACCAGCAGGGAAAGAGGCAGAAGACAUUCACCGCACCAUGCUGGCUCUUGAAAUGAGUCAGGUUGAUACAACAGAACGCUCAGGUGAAAGUUCAGGUGAACGUGCAGGGAGACCAGCGAAAGCACCGAAGGGCAUGGGUGGAGUAAGUAGUCAAUCUGGGAAGAAAUUUAGUCACCACCUCAAUCAAUGCAACACAGGCAGCAGAGUGGAUCGUAAAGCAGUGAAGGGUCAAAAGAACGGCAAUGGGAUCAAAUCGGAUCUUAUCCCGGAUUGGUGGCGAGAUGCCUGGAGCGAGUUGGCCUUGCAGCUGACACAGCGGUUGGUUACAGGCUCGACUGCAGGCUCGGGUGCAGGCGCGGGCAGUGGCCAAGCUGGAGUGGCUGGUUCGGGAGGCGCUUCGGUGAAGGACACACGGGUCGCUGUGAUGGGUAAGUGGGCUGGGAUGAUGUGGGUUGCAGUGGGAUGCAGUUGGAAGGGGCUGGGGCUACUUGGAUUGGGUGCUUUGGAGCAGUUCAACUCGCAGGGGCACAUCCCGGCAGAUGCUCUCAUUCAGCUCUGGCAGCAGCUGCGGGUCUCACAGGCUCCCUAUCCCGAGGUGACUUUUGAGUCGACUCGCCUGGCCCCGCCUGCAGCUCUGGCAGCAGCUGCGGGUCUCACAGUCUCCCUAUCCCCCUCUGCGCCCCGCCCCUAUACACACAGCUCCCACCAGCCGCCCAAACUCCCCACCUCGGGCCCAUCAUUCAUAGUGGCCAUGGCAGAAGCUGUGAGCCUGGCCCCUCCUGCGGCCCUGGCAGCAGCGCUGCGAGGGGUGGCCAGCAGAGUGGCAGCAGAGCUUGUGGCAUGCAAUCCGGAACUGGCAUCCUCAGCCAACCUUUUACGUGAGAUGCUGUCACAGCGAGAGCGGGAGGAGCUGGCUUGGAUGUACGAGAGGGCUGCCGGUCCCAAGCAUGCCGCACUCGUGAAAAGAGUACUUGGGCUUUGA